AUUACUUUGGGAUGGACCUUUCAUUACUCCGGUAUGGGUCUCUAUCUCUCUCUCUCUCUCUCUGCAUCUCCCUUUGUAUCUCCUCCCACUUAUCCGCCCUCUCGCCACCAUGUGAUGCACGGCUGACUGUGCCCGCCACCCGUGUAUGGAGAGGAUCACUCGGUCGCGACAUCAUUAGCCAUCCCUCCCCUCCGCGUCUUUUUCGGCACGGCUACUACGGGUUCCUCGUAUACCGUAUACGCAAGCGGGUAUACGCUCAUCAUCGGGCCGCGUCGGGAACGUUUCCCAUGUAUACCAGGAUGGAGAAGGGAGAAAGCAACGACGGCCAGUAAUGAGGGGCAGUGAUGGGACAGCAUGGGCCUCUGCGGAUUGCCUCAUUUGGUACAAUCGACCUUGGGAUGACCUCAUUGGUGCUCUCGACUUCUCGACCUUCUUGACUUCUCGACUCCUCGAC